AUGUCUCGAAUUCAGGAUACCGCUACUAUUCACCGGUCCGACGAUGAGCUCGACCGUGACUGGAAGCCAAACGGCCGCCGUCCUCAGUCGCUCCAAGAGAAUGCAGGGACAUGGCUAACCAGCAUUGGCUCCAACAGCACAGUUGCCCGCUCCUUUAGCGCAGAGUUGAUGGACAUCUUCCGUAUUGAGAACAGUCUUACCGACCUCGACGACAAAGUAGACAAGAAGAAGCAAGAAGUCAGCUCGCAAACAUCUGAGCUUGAGGCUCUUGAGCGCCGCAUUCGCGAGAUGGAGGAACGCCUAAACCGUAACAAGGCCCACGCCACAACCGGGGCCAGUGCCGGGGCUCAGCAGCAAUUACCGGUUCGCCAGCAGGGCGCCCCGGCCCCCGUCCAGAGAACAUCUCGUCCAGGUACGGCCAAAGCCCAACAGCCAGCUCCUCUCCACGGAGGCGCCAUGCCGCCCACUCCCACAGCCAGCGAAGGUGAAUACGAACUCGUCCCCGAGCCACGCCAUCCCAACAACCUGUCCUCCUCUACCCAUACCUACAAUGACUCUGAGAGUGGCCUCGAGACUCGAAGCUUUGCUGACAUGGUUCUCGUCUCUAAAGAUGGUGAUCACGACUCGUAA